UGUGUGUGUGUCGUGUGUGCGCGUGUGUGUGUGUGUGUGUGUGUGUGUGUGUGUGUGUGUGUGUGUGUGUGUGUGUGUGUGUGUGUGUGUAUUAUUGUGUGUGUAUUGGGAACGACACUUUUAGUAACUGACACGUUACUACCUCAGCUAUCAACGAAACGUAUCCAACGAGUGCUCGAACUAAAAUGAAGCAUAUGAAGCUAUGGGGAUAGAAUAAGGUAACUGCGCGUGCGCAAACAUUUCUGAAGCCCUGUAGAAACUUUUCCGAGGGAAAUGAGUAUACAUUGAAUUUUCUUCAGCGUCAAAUCGAUCGCUUAAUAAUCUACCUCUUCCCGAGCAAUUGUACCAAAUUACACGCAGUAUAUUUGAAAUUUCAUAUUGCUAUACCACACAAGCCGGUUAUUAGCUGUGCGUUUAUAAUAAAUUAUACAACUGAUGCUAAAAUUUGGAAGAAGAGAAAGAAUUUUUAGCAAACGAACAAAAGGCACAUGUAAAAUUUUCUUGGGAUUUUACAGUCAGACAUAUCUUGAUGUUUAACUUAAGAACAUGAAUACUUCAGAUAUUCAACAUUUUAAUCUAAAUCGAAUUCUUUUGCUUAGUAUUGGUUUAUGGCCCUACAAUCAAUCAAAACUCGUUUUAUUUCAACAGAUCUUACUUUUUGGCCUUCUGAUAAGUUUCGUCAUAUACCAGCUUAUCAUAUUUUUCAUCACAGAAUUCACAAUUGGUUUUACCAUCACAGUAUUCUCUUUCAUAUUAUUUUAUAUUGCAUUUAUAAUUGAAUACAAUUCAUUUUGGAGUAAUGGUCAAGCCGUAAAAAAUUUAUUGGAGCAAUUUAUGCAUGUUUGUAACGAACUAAAAGAUGAAAAUGAAAUUAAUGUUAUGAAAAAAUAUGCGAGCAACACAAAACGUUACACAACUGGAAUGAUACUAAUCGUGCUCGCCGCUCUACCUAUUACUAUAGCGGCGUCAAUAUGGCCAUAUAUUCUCAACAUUGUUAAACCCAAAAAUGAGUCUCGAUCAGAUUUCAUGAUACAACUCUUGACUACACACUUUGCCGAUCCAGACAAGUAUCGUUAUUUAAUGUUAUUAUACAUGCAUAUAACGAUUUGCAUAGGAGGAAUUACAAAGAUAGCGACAGGAACGAUGCUCAUCGGAUAUCUUAAAUACGCUUGCGGAAUGUUCAGAAUCGCCAGCUACCGGAUUGAACGAGCAAUGGCAAUUAAUAAUUUACACGGUAAUUUAGAGAACAAAAAUGUAACUUAUAAAGGGAUUGUUUACGCUGUGGUCGUACAUCGUAAAGCUAUGGAGUUGUGCAAAUCUUUAAUGUUCAGUUUCGAAGGAACGUUCUUCGCAUUAAUAGCGGUUGAUGUGCUUAAUUUAAGCCUCAAUCUUUAUCGAGUUUUCCAAUCUGUAUCGGUUGGAGAUAACAAAGAAGAAACCAUAAUACAUGUCAUAAUUGUAUUGAUCACUCUUUUAUACAUGUUUCUAGCGAACUAUGCUGGACAAGAAAUUACGGAUCACAAUAAUCACUUAUUUUCCACCGCAUAUAAUGUUCACUGGUAUAUAGCACCGUUACAUGUACAAAAGCUUAUAUUAUUCCUGUUACAAAUGGGCCAUAAAACUUUCGGCCUGAAUGUAAACGGAUUGUUUACAGCAUCUCUAAAUUGCUUCGCAUCACUAGCGAAUGCAUCAAUAUCUUACUUCACCGUUUUAUAUUCAACACAGAAGCUUUGACUUGUGAAUAUAGUUCUUAAUACUAUGUCAAAGAAUUAAGUAAGUGCCCUGGCGGAUAAAAUUCUGCAAAAUUCUACAUUAAAAAAAUUGUUUCUGAGUGCCCGCUCUGUAAAGUGACAUCAAUCAAUUUAUUGAAUUGUUUUGAUAUAAAAAUUUCAAUAAUGUCCAUAUUACGAGCACGUUUCUAGGCUCACGUUAACAAAAUGCUAUGCUAUUGAAUGAUUUUGUAUAAUUCAAGAAACGUUAAAAAAAAUUUGUAAAAGAAAUGCUUAAAAAUGGAACACUAUAGAUUUUUGUAACACUUUUUAAACACGUACAAAAUUUUGUAAAACUUUUUCCUAGAUAAUUAAUAACAAAUGUGAUUUUAUUUACUCAACUGUUUGAUUAUCAAUAACGUAAUGUUUCUUGUUCCUUUUUAAACCGCUGCCUGUAAGGUAAUAGGUAAAAAAUUGAUUUUUUGUACCAUUAUAAAAUCCAUUAUUUCACGAAAAUGUCAAUAAAAUGUUUCCUGUAUAAAUAUAUUAAUAUAAAUGGGACAUAUUUUAUAACUUUGUACAAAAUAAAUAAUAGAGGCAAAGAGAGAGAGAGAGAAAGUAUUAUAAACAAUACAGGUAUUAUGACUGUAUCAUCUCCAUUAUUAGGUAACAAAUUCUAGUAAUUACUUAUAGAAGAUGUGUGUUUAAUAAGUAUUCUGCUGUUAUGUCCCAGAGAGAAAUGACAAGAAAAUCGAUUUGACGUCAAAAUCAUUAAACUAACAUUAUUUCGAUUUGAUCUUGAUUUGAUAGAUCAUUACUCGCUGGAUAGUGGUACUCAUAUACCAAUAGUCCAUAUAGUAAUCAACAUUUGUCAUAAGAUAUUUUUACUUUCAAGCAUUACUACCUUUCCUUCUACUAUACAAUUUUUUCAAGGUAGAAGAGAAGAUGAAUUAUGGGCCGAGUAGAUAUUAUGAGCACCCAUAUUAUCUCCGUUAUUAGAUAACAUUUUAAAACUUUUCAAAGUGCAUUUGAACAUUUAAUUAUAAGCACAUACUUCCUUAUUGUUUUUAAACUUGAGCGUAUUAUUACGAAUAUAUCUGCAUAUCUGUUCUUUUUUGUUAUUUAACUUUUACUAAGCUAUACAAUAUCGAGUUAUACAAAGUUAUUCAAUAACAAAGUAUUUUGUUAAUGUGAACAUAGAAGCAUACUGGUAGACACUAUUAAAAUUUUCAUAUUAAAAUAAUUCAAUAAAUUGAUUGUCACCCUACAAAGCGGGCGUUCAAAAAUAUUAGAAAUAUCAAUUUAUCUUUAAUGUUAAAAUAAACAAAAAUAAAAUAAUAUCUCCAAUGUUUCUAAACAUAAAAAGUUCUAAAUCGUGGAAAAUUAAAAAUACAUAAUUUUGUAAAUACAAAAUACUGUAUCUUUUUUAAAUAAACCAAUUUUUAAAUUUACUUUUAUGGUGGCUCAUAUUACUAGUCCUAUUCCUCUUCAAUUUAUUAUGUAUUUUCACAUUUUUAUA